CUCGCUCUGCUACUUUCUUGCAGCGGAAGCCAAAAGCUCUCCAAAUUUUACAGUCAGCGCUCCCAAUAGAAACAAAAAACCCUAGAAAUCGAUCGGGGCAUCUAGGAUUUUCUGUCGCCAUGAGCCGAGGAAGCGGAGCUGGAUACGAUCGCCACAUCACCAUCUUCUCUCCUGAAGGCCGCCUCUUUCAAGUUGAGUAUGCUUUCAAAGCUGUAAAGGCAUCUGGUAUCACGUCGAUCGGAGUCAGAGGGAAGGAUUCCGUGUGCGUUGUCACUCAGAAGAAAGUUCCGGAUAAGUUACUGGAUCAAACUAGCGUGACACAUCUUUUUCCUAUUACCACGUAUCUUGGUUUGCUGGCGACUGGAAUGACAGCUGAUGCAAGGUCUCUGGUAUCUCAAGCCAGGAACCAAGCUGCCGAGUUUCGAUUCAAAUGGGGGUAUGAAAUGCCUGUUGAUGUAUUAGCAAAAUGGAUUGCAGAUAAAUCCCAAAUAUACACUCAACAUGCUUACAUGAGACCUCUCGGAGUGGCUGCCAUGAUAUUGGGUAUUGAUGAAGAAAAUGGACCUCAACUCUUCAAAUGUGAUCCAGCUGGUCAUUUUUUUGGUCACAAGGCCACAAGUGCUGGUUUGAAAGAGCAAGAAGCAAUUAACUUUUUGGAGAAGAAGAUGAAGAAUGAUCCUUCAUUCUCAUAUGACGAAACCGUGCAGACAGCUAUAUCUGCAUUGCAAUCUGUUCUUCAGGAGGACUUCAAGGCCACUGAAAUUGAGGUGGGAGUUGUGAAGAAAGAUGAUCCAGUUUUUAAAGUGCUAUCGACGGGGGAGAUUGAUGAGCACUUGACAGCAAUCAGCGAACGAGAUUAAGGAAGGGAAGUUUUAUCGAUUUCGAACUGUAUGUUCUUUUUUUUCUACACAGUAUUAGUGUACUUUUUGGGAUGAACUCGGUCGUUCUUUCAAGAAAUGUUUGUGCUGUUGAUGCGAACUUCGUCUGUUCUCUUAUUUACAUCUAAGAUAACAAAAUGAUCUGUAGAAUGGUAAAUAUUCAAAUUGGUUUCUUUGGAUGCGGCUAAUGUCAA